UCUUACAGCCUCUCAUAAACAACAAUGGCUAGUGUUAUGACAGAGAAAGUGAAGCUUCUUGUGGCAUUACUUACCCUGCAGCUCUGCUUUGCAGGAUAUCACAUUGUGUCUAGACUUGCACUAAAUAUUGGAGUCAGCCAAGUUGUUUACCCCGUUUAUCGAAAUUUGAUUGCUUUGCUUUUGUUAAGCCCAUUUGCUUAUGUGUUAGAGAAGAAUCAAAGACCACCCCUCACUUUAUCUUUACUGGUUCAGUUCUUCCUACUUGCAUUACUGGGGAUCACAGCAAACCAAGGGUUUUACUUGCUGGGAUUAUACUAUGCUUCUCCAACUUUUGCUUCUGCAUUGCAAAACUCAGUUCCUGCAAUCACUUUUGUCUUGGCUUUGGCUUUAAGGCUUGAGGAAGCCAACAUCACAAGGAGAGAUGGAUUGGCAAAAGUUCUUGGAACCAUUGCUAGUGUGGGGGGUGCCACAGUAAUUACUCUUUACAAAGGUCCUCCUCUUCUUCACCUGCAGAUGGACCUAACACAAGGAGACACUUUAGAAGUAGAUCAAUCAACAAAAACGCAAAAUUGGACUUGGGGCUGCAUAUACUUGCUUGGACAUUGUCUGUCAUGGGCUGGCUGGAUAGUUUUUCAGGCUCCUGUGGUGAAGAAGUAUCCAGCAAAACUAACCCUCACUUCGUUUACAUGCUUCUUUGGAUUGAUCCAGUUCUUGAUCAUAGCAGCCUUUGCAGAAGAUGACUUGGAGAAUUGGAAGAUACAGUCACUAGAGGAGCUUUUUAUUAUCCUAUAUGCAGGAAUUAUAGCAUCUGGUGUUGUCAUAUCUCUCCAAACAUGGUGUAUUCAAAAGGGUGGUCCUGUGUUUGUUGCUGUCUUCCAGCCUGUGCAAACUAUUCUAGUUGCUGUCAUGGCAGCCCUAAUUCUUGGUGAUCAGUUAUACUCAGGAGGGCUUAUUGGUGCAAUUCUCAUUGUGCUUGGUCUAUACUUAGUCCUAUGGGGCAAAACCAACGAAAAAAAAGUGAGAGAGUCAUCACCAUCACUAACAAACCCCUUGCUUAAGGCAGAGGAAGAGAAUAAAGAAAUUGAUGCAGCUUCCAAGGACAUACCAUGACUUGUCCAUCUGUUGACAAGAACAUUAUGUCUAGUCCAGGUUUGAAUAACUACUGAUAUAUGGUCCUAAUUAGUAGCAUUUCAAGUGUGCAACUUUGGAUAUAGCUGUUGAAGUAAUGGUGUUGAUGGCUAAGUUUGGUUAAGGAAUAAGCCUGCUGGUGCUUGUUUUUUUUCAUCUGAGAAGUCAUUUCAUUGACAUUUGAUUACAGGGUCAAAUAUAGUUUUCCGAUCAUGUGUCAUGUCAAUGAUACAAGCAAGACUCUUUGAGCUCUA